GCCCCCUCGUCUUCGUCGUCCCUGCGGGAUCACUGAAAUAGUGCUAUGAAUGGUGAAUCUGGAGUGGAGGUGGUAACUUCACCACCUCCCACAGCUCCUCAUAAAGAGAGGUAUUUUGAUCGAGUUGAUGAAAAUAAUCCAGAGUACUUGCGUGAGAGGAAUAUGGCUCCUGACCUUCGCCAGGAUUUCAAUAUGAUGGAGCAGAAGAAAAGAGUCUCCAUGAUUCUUCAGAGCCCGGCGUUUUGUGAAGAAUUGGAAUCCAUGAUCCAGGAGCAGUUCAAAAAAGGAAAAAACCCAACAGGCUUAUUGGCUUUGCAACAGAUUGCUGACUUCAUGACGACAAACGUGCCAAAUGUCUACCCAGCAGCACCGCAAGGGGGGAUGGCUGCCUUAAAUAUGAGUCUUGGCAUGGUGACGCCAGUGAAUGAUCUCAGGGGGUCUGAUUCUAUUGCCUAUGACAAGGGGGAGAAAUUGCUGCGAUGUAAACUGGCAGCUUUCUACAGGCUGGCUGACCUAUUUGGGUGGUCACAGCUUAUUUACAAUCACAUAACAGUCAGAGUGAAUUCAGAGCAGGAACACUUUCUCAUUGUGCCUUUUGGGCUUCUCUAUAGUGAGGUUACGGCAUCUAGCCUGGUUAAAAUAAAUAUUCAAGGUGACGUAAUUGACCGUGGAAGCACUAAUUUGGGAGUGAAUCAAGCUGGCUUUACUUUGCACUCUGCCAUUUAUGCAGCUCGACCUGACAUUAAGUGUGUUGUUCAUAUUCACACACCAGCUGGGGCAGCGGUGUCUGCAAUGAAAUGUGGUCUCUUACCUCUCUCACCUGAGGCACUGUCCCUUGGAGAAGUCGCUUAUCAUGAUUACCAUGGGAUUCUUGUGGAUGAAGAGGAGAAAGUGUUGAUUCAGAAGAAUCUUGGGCUCAAAAGCAAGGUUCUCAUCCUCAGAAAUCAUGGUUUGGUAUCAGUUGGAGAAAGUGUUGAAGAGGCUUUCUACUAUAUUCAUAAUCUGGUUGUUGCUUGUGAGAUCCAAGUACGUACUUUGGCCAGUGCCGGGGGCCCGGACAAUUUAGUACUGUUGGACCCUGGAAAAUAUAAAGCAAAAUCUCGAUGUCAUGAGUCUCCAGAAGGGGAGGGGUCAGCAUCUCAUCCAAAAUGGCAGACAGGAGAGCAGGAAUUUGAAGCGCUCAUGCGAAUGCUCGAUAACUUGGGUUACAGAACUGGCUACCCCUAUCGAUGCCCUGCUCUGAGAGAGAAGUCUAAAAAAUUCAGUGAUGUGGAGAUUCCCGCUAGUGUCACAGGGUACUCUUUUGCUAGCGAUGGGGACUCGGGCACUUGUUCCCCUCUGCGGCAUAGUUUUCAGAAACAGCAGCGAGAGAAGACAAGGUGGCUGAACUCUGGCCGAGGAGACGAGGCUCCUGAAGAAGGGCAGAAUGGCGGCAGCCCCAAGUCGAAGACUAAGGUGUGGACGAACAUUACACACGAUCACGUGAAACCCUUGCUGCAGUCUCUCUCGUCCGGUGUCUGCGUGCCAAGCUGUAUUACCAACUGCUUGUGGACUAAAGAGGAUGGACAUAGAACUGCCACCUCUGCUGUCCCAAAUUUAUUUGUUCCAUUGAACACUAAUCCAAAGGAGGUCCAGGAAAUGAGGAACAAGAUCCGGGAACAAAACCUACAAGACAUUAAAACUGCUGGUCCACAGUCGCAGGUUCUUUCUGGGGUUGUUAUGGACAGAAACCUUGUACAGGAUGCUCCCCUCUCAGACUGUACGGAAUCAAUUGAAGGGCUCGAUCCCACAGAGCAGGCCUUUAGCCCCGCUAAAUCUGUCUCUGUUAGAAAGGGAGAAUUGGUGACAGCAUCCAAAGCAAUUAUUGAGAAGGAGUACCAGCCCCGAGUCAUUGUGAGCACAACAGGACCAAACCCCUUCAACAAGCUCACAGACAGGGAACUGGAUGAAUAUUGCAAAGAAGUGGAAAGGAAGCAGAGGCAGUCAGAAGAAGACUCAGAGGAUGCCAGCCAACAGAGAGAGAAGGAUGCUGCCGACCACACUGCUGCUUGUAUCCCCGCCAGCACUCCAGUCAAGGUGCAGGAAGAGAGGCAGCCUGAUCAGGCUUACAAAGACGACAGCGAUGCUGCAACAUUCAAGCAAAGCCUCCCCGACCUCACCCCUGACGAGCCUUCUGAAGCCCUCAGCUUCCCGACCUUUGGAAAAGAAGAGGAAGGUAAAGACGACCAAGAUCUGACCCCAGGCCAGAUUGAGCGUCCUGCUGAAACUCAAGACCCCCACGCUCAGCCUGGGGAAGAUGCCUUGCCCCCACAGGCUGAGGAGGGGGCGGCAGUGGAUGCGGGCAGCGAUGAGUCUCCUGGGAAGUCUCCGUCCAAGAAGAAGAAGAAGUUCCGCACACCUUCCUUUCUGAAGAAAAACAAAAAGAAGACUGACUCCUGAACACCUCCAGAAAUGCUGUCACGUGUUAGAAUUUUCAGUUUAUUAACCACUAGAAUGUAUCAGAUUGUACUGAGUGUUUUUUGUCUUAUGUAAAAAGCAGAACAAGUAACACCCUCAAGUUAUAGCUUGAUUGCUUCAGAUUAUAAUGGAAAAUUAACAAGCAGAAGGUGCUAACCCUGUGUAUGUCGCAGCAGCUAAGCCGGUUUAUUCCUAGUAU